GCUCGUAGGACCUCUGACGGUGUUUAUUAUUAGUAUUUGCGUGGCGGAUUGUGACGUAGAGUUAACGCCGUGAGGAAGCACUUGCGGCUGUUUUGAGCCACUGUCAUAUAUAUAUUUUUACAUCCGUCGGACGUUCUCCGGCGAUUGAAACUCUUCACUCCAUGACCAACUGUAUUCUCCAUCCAUCCUGCGGCUCGCUGAAGCAAAUACCCAAUCAGAAUCUGUGCUUACCUGUCUAAGAGCUUUAAGCCCCGCCUGUCCAGGUGAAGACAGAACCUGUGAUGGACAGCACAGAUUACACAGGGCUGGACCUCAGAUCCUGUUUGAUUAAAAGUGAAGACGCAGAGGAGAGUAUAGAGAGGAAGAAUGGAUGUGGGAUGAGCAGGGAGGAAGAACUCAUUCUCUCCAACAUAAAGGAAGAGGAGGAGGAAGGUGGGGAGAGGCAGAGGGAGGAGGUGAAGACGGAGGAUGGUGUGAAAUAUGAAGAGGUUGUGGGAUACGAAUGGAAAGAAGAAGAUCUGAGUGAUGAAUGGAUGGAGAGCGAUAAAAUGAUUCCAAAAUCCACCCAAACUGACAUGGGGCUGAGGAAAGAAGAAAUGGCAGUCUGCAUCAAACAGGAAGAGGAUGGCUCGCUAUCUACAGUCACUUCCUGUCUUUUCAAACAGCCUAGAGUAUCCUCCCCUGGAUCUCCGGUCAUCUCCUCCAGUGAAGUUCAGUCUCAGGUGUUUGCCUGCUCCCAGUGCCCAUUCGCUCACCUGGAAGAAGUGAAGCUUCACCAGCACGUUGAGAAGGUGCACCCAGAGGAGCACAGCAGGGUUCUGAGAUCUGGAGGAAACGGAGAAGAGAAGCCACUGUCUCCCAGCAGCACACAUCAGCACCCCACACCCCCUAAAGCACUCCCCACCCCAACACAGGCCCACACAGGCACUGCAGGGGCUCACACCUGCUCCCACUGUGGGAAGAGCUUCAGGCGUAAGUCAAACUUGACAAUACAUCAGCGAAUUCACACAGGGGAAUGUCCCUAUCAGUGUUCAGAGUGCGGUAGGAGCUUCAGUCACUCGAGCAGUCUUGCGUCACACCAGCGGACUCAUACAGGAGAGCGCCCUUACCACUGCACCCAGUGUGGGAAGAGCUUCAAUCAGUCAAGCAGUCUGGGAGUACACAAACAGAUUCAUACAGGAGAUCUCCCAUACAACUGUUCCCAGUGUGGGAAGAGCUUCAGUUACUUGCGUUGUCUGAGAGUACACCAGCGGAUUCAUACAGGAGAGCGCCCGUACCACUGUUCCCAAUGUGGGAAGAAAUUUAGUUUCUUAAGUGGUCUGACUGCACAUCAGAAAACUCACACGGGGGAGCGCCCAUACCACUGCUCCCAGUGUGGGAAGAGCUUCAAUCAGCCCCAUAAUCUGAGAGUACACCAGCGGACUCAUACAGGAGAGCAGCCACACCACUGCUCCAAGUGUGGGAAGAGCUUCAAAUCUUCCGCGAAACUGAAAAUGCACCAAAGAGUUCAUACAGGGUAUUACCCAUUCUGCUGUUUCCAGUGUGGGAUGGGAUUUAAAGAGUCUACUGCUUUGAUUAAUCACCAGCAUAAUUGUACAGAACAGUUCUCACACCCCAGCUCCUAGAAUGGAAUCGAUUGAUCAGUCAGUUGAUGACCCAUCAGUGAUAUUGCAUAAGAGACCUCAGUCAUACAGCUGAUGCCCCAUCAGUGAUAUUGCAUAGGGGAGCUCAGUCACAGAGCUGAUGCCCCAUCAGUGAUAUUGCAUAGGAGAGCUCAGUCCAGCCAGCUGAUGACGCAUCAGUGAUAUUGCAUAGGAGAGCUCAGUCCAGCCAGCUGAUGCCCCAUCAGUGAUAUUGCAUAGGAGAGCUCAGUCCAGCCAGCUGAUGCCCCAUCAGUGAUAUUGCAUAGGAGAGCUCAGUCACACAGCUGAUGCCCCAUCAGUGAUAUUGCAUAGGGGAGCUCAGUCACACAGCUGAUGCCCCAUCAGUGAUAUUGCAUACGAGGGCUUAGUCACACAGCUGAUGACCCAUUAACUAUGGCAAUACCAGGAAUGAUCCCUUUCCCUAAGCUGUUGGGCCCACACCACCUGGACUAUAGGCCUGGCGUUCUACAAGGGAAAAGAAUGACCCAUAGAUUUCCUGAGUAGUGUUUGUCUGUGGUCCCAUUCUGACCCCUGUUGUGUACACUCAGUGAGCACUUUAUUGGGUAUUUAUUAGACUUAUGUUUUAUACAUCUACUGCUGUAGCCUCUUCACUUAGAGUUAUGAUUCAAUGUGUGUUCAGAGAUGCUCUUCUGCACACCACUGCUGUAAUGUGAGGUUAUUUGAGUCACUGUCACCUUCCUGUCAGCUUUGACCAGUCUGGCCCUUUUCCACGGACCUCUCUCCACACCACAUUUUUGCCUGUAGAACUGCUGCUCAUUGGAUGUUUUUUGUUUUUUGCAAACUCUAGAGACUGUAUUGCAUCAAAAUCCCAGGAGGUCAGCAGUUUCUGAGAUAUUCACCAUUCUGACAUUUCGUCAGAAACACAGCUGAUCCUCUUGUCUGCAGGCUUUUAUGCAUUUAAUUGCUGCCACAUGAUUGGCUGAUUAAACAUUUGCAUUUACAAGCUGAUGUCCAGGUCUACCUAAUAAAGUGCUCAUUGAGUGUAGUUCUAAAAUUAGCUACUAACUGUGCCAGAAAGAGCAAACCAGUUUUAAAGUCAAUGAAUGUGUAUCAUUAUCUUUGAUCAUGUCUAAUGCUGCACUUUGCAAGAUUGUUGGCAUCUGUUCUUGGUUUGAGUUCAUGACUUUCACCAGACGGUCGCCGUAGUGUGCUUUUCUCAUGUAAAGCCAGACUUUUCUAGCACUGGAUUUACUCUACAGUCAUACUGCCUUUGCUGUGGCAGCGCUGCAUUUUGGUCUCAAAAGAAAAAAAGGAAGUGCAUCCAUUUACAUGUCAAUUUAUAUUCUGUCUGGCUUUGGUAUCCACUUGAGGAGAUGAAAGUGGCCUAUCCCUGUUCUGGGAAAUUCAUGUUUUUUUCACUGUACAUCCAGGUGGCACUUUUGGCAGCAUUUUCCCACGGUAAUCCCAUGGCCUGCACUACAUCAUCUUGCUGGAGUUAGCGAUUAUGUUUUACGUUAUAAAUAAACAGGCUUGAUGUGAACAGUUAUACCACUGUAUGCUCUUUUUUUACUUUCGAUUUCAUGAAUGCAUGAGUGAUUUUACAUCCUGCUUUUUGGCUUUGGUGCCCUCAUGUCCAAUUUGGUUUUGGCUUUUCUGCUUUUGAUCACCUUCGUACCCAAUGAAAAUUUGCCUGUGCAUGAAAUAGCCUUGCCCAAAAGAUGCUGAAAGUGAUAUGUUAUUGAGGACAUCAUUAUUGUCUGUGGGUUGCCGGACAACUUUCAAAACCUCUUUAUGAGCUGGAUUAGGGGCACAAAAUGGUGGCCUGUAGCGUAGUGAUUAAGGUACAUUACUGGGACACACAAGGUUGGUGGUUCAAUCCCCGAUGUAGCCACAAUACGAUCUGCGCAGGCCCUUAACCCUGCAUUGCUCCAGGGGAGGGUUGUCUCCUGCUUAGUCUAAAUCAACUGUAUGUCGCUCUGGAUAAGAGCGUCUGCCAAAUGCCAUUAAUGUCAUGUAACAUUUGGGGGCACCUAUUAAAUGUAAGACAAAGCCUUGCAAAACACUGUUUUAUAUAGGCCUGUCAUGGAAAAUUAACUGUAUUCGGCCAAAGGAGAGAAGCUGAGAACUGUGAGAAAAUUAUUGUGAGAUUCUGUUUUCGGUAUUUAAUAACAAUAAAUAAACGCAAUUUGAGUCAUUUUUAUGUAAUAUUAAAAGUACUUUUGUUUUCUU